CGAAAUUAGACAGAGAUGGAGGGUGACUGGGAGAGUGAUUGUUGUCGAAAUUAGACAGAGAUUUCUAACCCCGAUAUCCAUAUACAAAGGUCCCGCGUAUAAAUCGUUACACAGAGAGAGAGAGAGAGAGAGAGAGAGAGAGAGAGAGAGAUGUGGGAAUCAAUCUGCUUGACGAUUGCGGCUACGGCCGGCAACAACAUAGGCAAAGUCCUGCAGAAAAAAGGCACCGUCAUUCUCCCUCCUCUUUCUUUGAAGCUCAAGGUCAUAAAAACAUAUGCUUCCAAUAAAACAUGGAUUAUAGGCUUUCUGAUGGACAUUUUUGGAGCUGUCUUGAUGCUGCGAGCACUAUCUCAAGCUCCUGUAUCUGUCGUUCAACCUGUUUCUGGCUGCGGACUUGCCAUCCUUUCAGUUUUUUCCCAUUUUUAUUUGAAGGAGACCAUGAAUACUAUUGACUGGAUAGGAAUUUCUCUGGCUGGCAUCGGCACUAUAGGUGUUGGUGCUGGAGGGGAGGAGCAAAACUCAUCUAUCUCAAUUUUCCAUUUACCUUGGCUGGGGGUUAUUGUUGCAUUCUUGUUUGUACUGCUUAAUGGAUGGCUUCGUAUUUACAGAUGCCGGCGAAGAGAACAGGACUUGGUGCAAUAUGAAGUUGUUGAGGAAAUAAUAUAUGGCUUGGAAUCUGGCAUUUUGUUUGGCCCUCGUUCGAAGAUGGGAUUUGUAUUCAUGGAGCAGGGGUUUUCUAAGUUACUGCUACCCAUUUGUUUAUUAAUCAGCAUAUCCUGCAGUGGUUCCGGAUUUGUUUACCAGACACGUGGUUUGAAGCAUGGGAGAGCAAUUGUUUUGUCUACUUGCGCUGCUGUUGCAUCAAUCAUGACAGGUGUACUUGCUGGUAUGUUUGCAUUGGGUGAAGGAUUGCCUUCAGCGCCAGUGGCUCGUCUUUCCCUUCUGCUUGGAUGGAUAUUUAUUCUGGUCGGUGUUAUCCUACUGGUAGCUUCAACUCGGCUGGCGCGUGCCCUCCCAAAGCCAUGGCAACAUUUGUCAAGAAGUGGGACGGAGAGGAAUUUUGGCAUCAGGCAAUCGGUCUCAACCCGCACAAGAGACACCAAUCCUAGUACUGUUAUCCAAACAAGUACAUUGCAUCAUCUGAUAUCACCUCUCUCAAAAGAGAAAGAUUGAUUCGAUUUAGGAAAAAAUACAAAGUUUCCAACUCUCUUGAGGUUCUUAAGAAUGUUUGGUCCCUUAGUGCAUGUUUCGUUGGAGGAUUCGAUAAUACAAGGUAGUGUUAAGGAAUAAAAAGAAACUAAAAUUUUGUUCAUUGUAUUGUCUGGUCUUUUCUAAUAUAAUAUUGUGUACCAAACAUGCCCUUAUUGUAUAGAGGCACAUUUGCACAAAAAUAUCAUUAUAGAGGGAGCUUUGAAUAUUUUCAUUUAAUCACAUUUCCUUCCUUUUGUUGGACUCA